AUGAAUGUUUCUCUGAGAAUAGCUGCAUUUUUUAUUUGUGCCAUAUUUCUUCAAGCUGGAACAGGAGCUGCUAAUUCAACUGUAACUACAGCAGCAGAAACAACUACCAGUACAACUACACCAGCUACUGUGGAGACCAGUUCUAAAACAACUACCAGUUCGACUACACCAACUACUGCGGAGACCACUUCUGAAACAACAGAAAGUAUUACUAAAACAACAAGCAAUCUCACUGCAACAAAACUUCCCACUAAUGACAGCAGUACAACAUCUUCCAGCCUCUCUUCAGGAGGCGCUUCAACCACUUCUUCCUCCUCUGAGGUGACAUCUGAAAUCUCUGGAACAAAUACAGGUUCUACUUCUAGUGGUGCCCCAACAGAUUCAUCAACCCUGUCACUGUUAACUAAUGCUGCCAUGGAGAGCACAGGAACAAAUAGAGGUUCAACUCCUAGCAGUACCUCCAUGGAUCCAUCAACCCAGUCAGCAUCAACUAAUGCUGCCGUGGAUACCACAGUGGACCCAUGCAGUAAUGUCAAAUGUGUCAAUGGCACCUGUGCUGGUGGAAAGUGUGAAUGUAUAUCUGGAUUUACAGGUGUAGACUGCUCUACAGACAUAGAUGAAUGUGAAAGCAACCCUUGUUCAGAUCCACCGAGAUAUUGUAAAGAUAAUCCUGGAGGAUAUGAGUGCCUAUGUCUGCCUGCUUUCUAUGAGGAGACGGAAACAAAGGAGUGCAAGAAAGCAAAGCAACAGUUUAAGGCAGAGUUAAAAUUUGCCGAAAUAACAGUCGGGAACCAAAAAAUUAAUUCCUCUCAAAUAUUUAUAAAUCCAAACUCUAUAGAAGCUAAAGAAAAGAAAGACAAAGUCAUGAAAGCUGUUGAGAUUGAACUACAACAGAUAUUUGUGGGAAAUGACAGUAUAUCUGGUGUGAAAGUGACAAAUUUAAGGAAAGGCAGUUUGAUUGUGGACUUCAUUCUGUACUUUGUCAAUCGAACAAGUAAUGACACAGAACUCAAGAAAAAUUUGCAAGAGAUAAUUGAAGCAAAACUCAGUGAAUGUACAGAUGACAAUACAACUUGUAACUUUGGUAAUAUUACUGGAUUUGUGUUGAAUUCACUGAAUACAACAGUUGUGGAUUUUUGCAAUGAAUAUUUACCAUGUGACCUACAGACAACCAACUGCAAUACAAGUCUCAACACUGGCACUUACUCUUGUAACUGUAAAGAUGGAUUUCAGAGGUACCCUCCGGAACGAGGAAUAACUGAUGCAUGUCAAGACAUUGAUGAGUGUAUAACAGGACAACACGCAUGUGGAAAACUCAAAUGUAUCAACACCCCAGGCAGCUACCAGUGUGAGUGUAAAUAUGGCGAAUACAGAGAUCCAGACACUGACAAAUGUAUAGAUGUUUGCAGCGGGGUUACGUGUAAUGACAAGGGAACCUGUGAGCGUGAUAAAAGUACUUUCUUCUGCAGGUGUCAGCAUGGACACACGGGGAGGGAAUGUGAGGCUACAGACAGUCAGGCACAGACUCAAGCUAUCACCCUGUAUGCUGUGGCUGGUGGAGUCUGGCCCUCAUCUUCCUGA